AUGGUGUCGGUGCCACUGCUGGUGCCGGUUGGCACUACACUGACAGAGCGAUGCAUCGCAGAUGCAGAGGUUGCAAUCGCGCAGACUCCCGAAAAGUUCAUUGACACGGUAACCUCGUCGAGGUUGUUCAAGUUGCACAUGGCGCAGUAUUUUUGCAAGCUGGGUUCUCUCAACAUGACGGUGCUGGAGCUUGGUGUCCACCAAGGAUACACAACACUAGUUUGGGCGAAUAUUUUUCAGAAGGUCAUUGCCGUCGACUUCAACGAGCAGUGGCUUCAAGUUGCUUCCAAGACAACCGCAGACAGGCCAAAUGUGGUUCUAUUGCAUGCAAACCUGAUGACGGACAGCUGGACGAUCUUCCGCAACAAUCAGGUGGACGUUGUCAUUAUUGACGCGAAUCACGACUUCCACUAUGUGCGAUCAGAUGCAUACAACUCGCUUCGACAGCUUCCAAACCUCAAGUACAUGGUUUUCCAUGACUACGGAAGCGAAGAUGGGGUUCGGCAGACAGUGAAAGAAUUGUCUGGGAGGCGCAUGUUGCAAGACUGCCAGUGGCUGGGUCUCGGCCGGGACGGGACUAGCUGGCCGUCCCUCACGUGGCACCGAGACACUGACACAAUCUCUCCCACGACGACCAACUUGUCGGAAGGAGUAGCUUGCAGGUCUGUGAAGGUCCGAGAAUUGCGACCCCCCUUCACGGACCUGCGUUAUUACGUGUACCGGCAGCCUGUACAAGAACUCUGUCAUGAGGGAGUCUUUCGCUUUUUGCCGGGAGGGCAGCUUGCCACUGAUGUGUGGCGGAAGGGAAGCUGGACCUACUCCAGGGAUCCGACUGGCAAAAAGGGUGAUUUACUUCUGGUUAACCUGGCUCACAUGUCCUCGGUUCCGCUCGAGGUGCUCUUCAAUGAACAUCGAACUGCCUUUCUGCUUACUGACGUUGGUGGCCUUGGUGCAACCUGGUAUGGCCUUCAGGAAAACCUUGCAAUAUCAACACUGAUGCGGACCAACGAAGAAUUCUGA